AUGUGGUUUACGGACGUCUACGACAGAUUCAUCAGACAGUCUGUCAAGGAGAAUGCGAGGGCUCAGAAGGGAAGCGCUCCGCAACUUCGCGCCGUUGACACGAGAGCCACAGUCACGAACCCGUCGUCUUCUAAGCAAACCACGCAAAUUCAGCAAGACACCACAGAACAGCCUGAUGAUUCGGGUGUGUCCAGCUUCCCAGUUGGACCUUCGGAUUCGACCGCCCACGGUCAUGCAAGCCAGACCUCAGAAGUACGAAUUCCGCGGACAUCGAGGGGUGAUAAAGAGUCACACACAAAAUCUCGAAGAAUAGACCAGGGUCUAGAGGCGGACGCCAAGCGCCUGCGUCGGCAGUGCGAUGUACUCUUGAUAGGCACUUCUGACCACGAUAUCGAUGUCCUCCUCGAGCAUCUACUGCUUCUUUACGAUCCUGGAGAGAAACAAUACACUGCAACAGAGCUGCUUAUCUACCGACAAAUUGUGUACCGAACGCUAGUACAAUAUGCAAAGGCGAUUGCACAUGCCGCAAUGGAGUCCGAGCAUGCUGCAAUGGAGUCCGAGUCGCCAGCAGGGGAAAUUUCCCGCCGCAGAAUCGAGGCGAUACUGUCUUGCGCGGUCGACCCAGAUCCUGCAAUACCCCUGAACGCGGACUUCGGAUUGGCUGUGACUUGGCUCUGGACAGAAUAUGCCGACUGUCGACAAGAUCUCUUUAUGCCACACUAUGCAUCAUACUUCCUCCAGAAGGCGGAUCGAAUAUGCAUGUCUACGUACAAACCCUCGGGAGAAGACGUGCUCAAGGUACGAAGCAGUAUGAACGAAGUGAAGAUUCAGAUGGGUGCUCUAUCGGUCAACCUUACCCGUGUGAAGCAAGAGAACCGCGAGCGGAAGAACGUACUCGCCAUGUUCGAGCACGUCACGAGCAUCAUUUUCUGCGUUGACCUCUCGCGGUAUGAUGUGCCGUGGCUUGACACAGCAAAUGGUCUCAUGGAACCUCUGGUCUUCUUCGACAGUGUAGUCAAUUCGCGAUGGUUCAUGAGAGCCUCGGUGAUACUGCUGCUGGGCAAUGCUGGAUCGUUCAGGGCCAAGAUGGCACACUCGCCUCUCAAGCAGUACUUUCCCGACUACAACGGAGGGGAUGACCUCAACAGGGGCGCCAAGUACAUUCUGUGGAGAUUCCACCAGCUCAACCGCGCCCGCCUCGCACUUUAUCCGCACUUACUGGAACUCGACGAUGUAACUUCCUUGCGCGUUAUUUUUGCUGCGAUCAAGGAGACCAUUCUCCGCAAUGCAAUGCAAGACAUCGGAAUCAAGGGAUUAGAGUAG